AAUGGUUACUUGAAAGCUGGAGAUGGAAAGACUUUCUCACGGGCAUGCAGACUGUGCACAACUUUGACGGUGGCCUCGUACCACCACUUACUCUGCAUAUCUGAAGCCACAGCUCUUAUAGACUCGUAGACGGUGUCGUUAACCUGCGACGUCAAGCCCGUCACCUUGACCAUGGCUCCGAAGGAUGCUGGACGGUCGCAGCACAUCGCAAAGGAUAGCAAGAGUUCUAAGAAGAUACAAAGGCAACCAACACCUGUCCCUGAGCGGCUGAAGCGGCUGUUCAACUCACUUUGCGCCCAGAUCGACGGUGGACAUUUCGCAAAUGCGAUCAAGACGUGUGACAAGAUUCUGAGACUCGCGCCGCAUGACCGCGAUGCCCUACAGACCAAGUUAUUCUUGCUGCUACAGACGGAACGAUAUGGUGAUGCCCUUGCUCUGAUCGACGGACAGCCUGAAUUUGUGUUCGAGAAAGCAUAUUCUCUUUACAGGCUGCAUAAGGAGGACGAUGUAGCAGAGGUGCUGGGGACGCUUAAGCAGGAGAAGGGGGAGGAUGAUAGAGGUGUCAUUCACCUCGAGGCUCAGUUGAGCUACCGCCAAGGCUCAUAUCAGAAGGCUUUCGAUCAAUACAAUGACCUCCUCGAUAAUACUGACCCGGAUACAGAAGAGCAUUCUGACAUCUUGACGAACCUGGAAGCUGCGCAACAGCACCUUGAUUUCAUCAACAAGAACUAUCUCCGCGCUCUUGACGUGCUUCCGGGCACUCUAACUUCCACUAUAGAAUCCGUCCCGCCACCACCCCCUCCACAGCCAUCAUCUGCCCUCCUAGCUGCCUCCUCAUCCGUCGCUUAUGAUGAGCAGAAGAAGGCUUCUGCAUCCCAGAAGGUCCGAGCGAAGCGUGUUCCUGCAGGCGUUGUUCCUGGUGUGACACCGCCGCCUGAUCCAGACCGUUGGAUUAAGAAGAGUGAACGGUCCACGUUUCAUUCAGGUGGUCAUAAGAAGAGGAAGGGUGGUGGCGCAACCCAAGGAGUCGUGGAGGGUCCUCAUCUGGCUACGGGUGGGGGUAGCGGUGGAGGCGGUGGAGGCAAAGGCAAAGGCAAAAAGAAGAAGUAGACGCGUUGAUGUCGGUCGGUGUGGUACACUGUGUACGCGAAGAUGCAUUCAUCCGGGGGUACCCCGCCCCGGUGGUGAGCUCUAUAAUAUCACUAUCGAUGAUGGUGCUUAUCUGCAUCUAAACGUGCAACGCUCUCGCCACACCUCGUAGAUGGUAUGGGGAUUCGGGACACUCAGGAUUUUUCAUUAGCAGAGUAGUUCACGCGGCAAUUGCAAGGUGCGAGGCAACACAUGUGUUGUUGCAUAUGGCUCUAAAAGGCAAGACCUUGGGAGCAACCUCCCCACCUCCAGGGUCAAAAAUCUGGCUAGCGCUCGCUCGGAAAUGCUUGAUACAUUACCGACUUGUCUUCUGACAUCCUUCAUUUGACUGUUGUUCGUCAUUGCAAGAGACUCAGAUUACUGGGGUAGUUUACUUCCGCAUCCUCCCCAUCAUAUCGUCUCGAAGGUAUUCAAUGGUU